GAGGUUCUCUUUAUUUUUCUCUUCCCCUUCCUUACCCUAGAAAAUUUUCCCCCCAUUCGCGAAACCCUAGCCGCCACGCGAAACCAAAUCCCGCCGCGCGGGAUCCUUUUGCCGCCGGAUUCCACCCGCGAAUCCGAGUUUCCCUAGCGAUUCGCGGCGGAUUAGCGCGCGGCGCGCCUCCUGCCUCGCGAUCCGGUGAGGUAGACCGGCCGACGGGCAUCAGCCAUGUCGAGGUGCUUCCCCUACCCGCCGCCGGGGUACGUGCGAAACCCAGUGGUGGCCGCGGCCGAAGCGGAGGCGACCACUAAGCUCCAGAAAGAAAGAGAAAAGGCUGGAAAGAAGAAAGAGAAAAAGAGUGACAAAAAAGCUCUUCAGCAGGGUGAGGUAUCCAAACAUUCAAAGCGAACCCAUAAGAAGAGAAAACACGAAGAUAUUAUUGCUGCUGAUCAGAAACCCCGGAAAGGCUCCAACGAGCCUGUUGAGCAAUUGGAGAAGAGUGGACUCACAGAAGAGCUUGGAGCUCCUAGCUUUGUUCAGACUGUGCAUGGAUCUCCAGAAAGCUCACAGGACAGCAGCAAGAGAAGAAAGGUUGUGUUACCCAGUCCUAGCCAAGCUAAGAAUGGUAACAUUCUUCGAAUAAAGAUAAGAAGAGAUCAAGAUUCUUCUUCAGCUUCCCUUUCGGAGAAAUCUAAUGUCGAACACACACCAGUCCAACAAAUGGGAUCAGUUUCCUCCCUGCCCAGUAAGAAAAACCCAAUCCAAGCACCCAACAACAAAGUCAUGGUGAGAUCAGCAUCAGCCCAGCAGCAAAACAUCAAAAGUGAUUCUCAAGCAGUGCUGAAACAAAGUAUACCAACACCAGCAAAGGUCAUGCAUAGAGUUGAUGUUACUCCAUCCAUGAGGGUUGGUCUUCCACCUGUAGAGUUGACGACCAAUGUUGGUCCUUCACUCUCCAAGGCAAAACAAACAAUUCCUCCUGCACCUGCAAAGGUUACACAAAGAGUUGAUCUUCCACAUGCCAAGGCGUUGCAGAGACCUGCCAAGGUGUCACAUAGAGUUGAUCCUCUGCCAUCCAAGGUUCAAAUUGAUGCUACUCCAUCCUUUUCUAAGUUGUCGCACAGAGAGAAUAAGUCAGAAGUACAGCCCUUUCCCCAAAAUCUAAAGGUGCCUGUGGGAAUGCCUACCAUCAAUCAGCAGCAUACUGAUGCUUCUCAGCCCAAAGAAGAACCAUCCUUCUCUGGUAGGAGUGCUGAACCUGCUUCAGUGCCAGUAGAGAAGCAGUCCAAGUCAGACCGGAAGAAGAGCCGCAAGGCUGAGAAGAAAGAGAAGAAGUUCAAGGAUUUAUUUGUUACUUGGGAUCCUCCUUCAAUUGGAAUGGAAGAUACAAAUCUUGGUGAUCAGGACUGGCUGUUCGGCAGUACGAGGAAACCUGACGCUGGCACUGGCAACUGCAGAGAAAUUGCUGAUCCGGUCUCUUCGCAAUCAGCGGAGCAGUUUUUGUUGCAGCCCAGGGCGAUGCAUUUGCCAGACCUUCAUGUCUAUCAGUUGCCAUAUGUGGUUCCAUUCUAGCUCUAGUAAUGUAGGUGAGAAGUAGGAAGGUGUUGGGAGAGAGCUGUGUGGGUGUGGGAUAUAAUUGUUCCCUGCCACAGUUUUCCAGCUUUGUUCCAGAGUUUCUUCGUUUUAUGUUGCUGUGUCUAGCAAACUUCAUGUAAUGUUGUAUUUUUGCUUGUUUAUCGCAGCAAUUGAAAUUCAAAUGA